UUUGAGAAUUUUGACAUUUUGAGAUUGAGGUUUUGUUUUUGUUUGGCUUUGGCAUUUUUGGCUCUCUCAGGGUGCUCAGGCUCUGGCAUUUUAAGGACUACCAACUACCCUUUUAGUAAAUAAUCACCGCACCGAGCCAUUAAUUUGUUAGCUAUGGAAUUUAAAGUAGAAAUUAACGAGAAGUUUGUUGAAUAUGAUCCAAGAUAUUUUUUAAGUAGUCACUUAGAUACAUCAACAAAUCUUGGGGUUUUGAAGAAUGAACCAGAUGAAGAUAAGUCUGGUAUGGAAUUUAAAACUGAAAUUAAGAAUGAGGUCCUUGAGGGUGAGCAACAAUAUUUAGAGACUCAUGUAUCCACAUCACUAGAUCUGGAAAAGUUCAAGAAUGAACCAGAGGAAGACUCAGAUUUUUCCCAGAAGAACCAAGUGGAACAACAAACUAUGAACAAGCUUAAACCAAGUCUAAACUACGAAGAUGCAGCAUUAAAAGAUUCUGCUUGUUCUAAAGAAUUCCCUGCCAUAAAUAAUUUAAACAAAACUACUAGCAUCCAGACUGAAGAAGGGCUUUACAAAUGUGAAAUUUGUUUUAAACAGCUCAGCGGAGCAGGCAGUUUGAAAGCGCAUUUGAGAGUGCAUGCUGGAGAAAAACCUUACAAGUGCGAAAUUUGUUUUCGGCAGUUUUCUCAGAAAAGUUCCUUGAAAACACAUAUGAUAGUGCACUGUGCUGAAAAACCCUACAACUGCGAAAUUUGUUUUAAGCAGUUUUCUUACAAAAGUUCUUUGACAAAGCAUUUGAAAAUACAUACUGGAGAAAAACCAUAUGAGUAUGAAAUUUGUUUGAAAAAAAUUGGUGAAGCAGAUCAUUUGAAAAAGCAUUUGAGAGUGCAUACUGGAGAAAAGGCUUACAAGUGUGACACAAGGCCUAAAAGUCUAAAUUAUGAAGAAGCAGCAUUAAAAGAUUCUGCUUAUUCUAAAGAAUCCCCUGCCAUAAAUAAUUUAAACAAAAAUACUAGCAUUCAGACUGAAGAAGGGCUUUACAAAUGCGAAAUUUGUUUUAAGCAGUUUAGAGUAGCAGGAAGUUUGAAAUUGCAUUUGAGAGUACACUCUGAAGAAAAACCUUAUAAGUGCGAAAUUUGUUUUAAGCAGUUUAGCCAAGCAGGUAAUUGGAAGUCACAUUUGAGGAUACAUACUGGAGAGAAACCUUAUGAGUGUGAAAUUUGUUCGAGAAAAUUUGCUGAAGCAGAUUAUUUGAGAACGCAUUUAAGAGUGCAUACUGGAGAAAAGCCUUACAAGUGUGAACUUUGUUUUACUCAAUUUUCUCAAGCGGGCAGUUUGAACACGCAUUUGAGAUCACACUCUGAAGAAAAGCCAUACAUGUGUGAAAUUUGUUCUAAGCAAUUCGGUGAAAAACAUCAUUUGCAAAGACAUUUGGCAAGACAUACUGGAGAAAAACCUUACAAGUGUGAAAUUUGUGCGAAGCAAUUUGGUGAAGCAAGCAGUUUGAAAAAGCAUUUCAAAUUGCAUACUGGAGAAAAGCCUUACACGUGUGAAAUUUGUCUUAAGCAGUGUAGGGAAGCAGGCAAUUUGAAAUCGCAUUUGAAAGUGCACACUGGAGAAAAGCCUUAUAAGUGCGAAAUUUGUUUUAAGCAGUUCGCUCGGGCAAAUUGUUGUAAAAUACAUGUGAGAAAACAUACAGGUGAAAAACCUCACAAGUGUGAAAUUUGUUCGAAGAAAUUUGGUGAAGAAUGUCAAUUGAAAAGUCAUUUGAGAAGACAUACUGGAGAAAAACCUUAUAUGUGUGAAAUUUGUUUAAAGCGAUUUGGUGAAGCAGCUCGUUUGAAAGAGCAUUUGAGCGUGCAUACUGGAGAGAAGCCUUAUAGGUGUGAAAUUUGUUUUAAGCAGUUUAGAGUAGCAACCAGUUUGAAAUUGCAUUUGAGAGUGCACUCUGGAGAAAAACCUUAUAAGUGCGAAAUUUGUUUUAAGCAGUUUGGCCAAGCAAGUCAUUGGAAAUCACAUUUGAGAAUACAUACUGGAGAAAAACGUUAUGAGUGUGAAAUUUGUUCGAGGAAGUUUGCUGAAGCAGAUUAUUUGAGAAAACAUUUGAGAGUGCAUACUGGAGAAAAGCCUUACAAGUGUGAAGUUUGUUUGAAGCAAUUUAGCCAAGCAAGCAGUUUAAACACGCAUUUGAGAUCACACGCUAAAGAAAACCAAUACAAAUGUGACAUUUGUUUUAAGCAGUUUAGUAAAAAGACUAGCUUGAAAACACAUUUGAAAGUGCACAAGAGAAAACACACCUAGAGAAAAAUCGUACAAAUGUGACAUUUGUUUUAAGCAGUUUAGUACAGCAGGUGCUUUAAAAACACAUUUGAAUGUACACACUGGUGAGAAGGCGUACAAAUGUUUUUUUUAUUAUCUCCCUUUAUUGACAAUCAGACAAACAUCUAUAAGUCAAUUUGUUGGUCUUACCUUAGACCAUAAAAACUGAUAGACACGCCGUAAUGCUAUUCUCUCGUCUCGAAGAGUGAAGCCAACAUAAAACGAUUCACACAGCUGUGUGUGACAUCAGUUUACGGCAGAAAACGUUAGAGAUUAGAAGUGUUUAUAGGCGUUGUGAAUUAAAAUAAAGUAUAUUUUCUACAUCCAGUAACAAAUCAAAAUAUGUAAUAUUUGACCCUCCACAUAUUAUGUUAAAACUUAUUCGCAAUACUUUAGGUUAUUUAGGUCAACAAGCAUGUUCAUGCUUUUGAGACUUUUUUUACGUUUAUUUCAUUGUAAGUAAACUGAAAUUGUAAAUUAUUGUAAUAACUAUUGAUUUGAAUAAACGCAUAUUAUAUUACAAA